GGCUCAUAAUUAUCAUUGAACACCUGAGUCAUAAAUUGCGAGCUGGAUGGACCGACGCUAGGGGCCUCGUAUGUACUAGAAAAGUCUUUUUGCGAAACAAAUUAUAAGGGAGAGCUGCAAGCGCUCCCGUUUGCGCUGACAUUCACGCGAUGAGCCAGACUACCACUGCCAGAUUAACAGCAGACGCUGACCUCUAUUGACAGCAUCAACAUAGUUGUCGGGCGACGUGGCGCACCAGAUGAAAUUACAAGCAGCGGACUUCUAGCAGACGAGGUCGGAUUUCGUUGCGGAACCCUCUCGGUGUCGCUUUGAGAUGAGGAAGGUGGAGACUUGCGAGUCUAUGGAGAGCGAGUGACACACAAGUGCUUUUUGAAUGUGAUGCUCCGUUGGCUUUGUUUUCUACGUGACUACUUGAUGAGUAGUUAGAUGAUGAGGGAGAGGCUUCAACUUUGUUAAGCUACUACUUUUUAAAACUACCGCUCGUCCUCCGCCAGAACAUCAAAUUAUGUUUAUGAGUAACAUUGAUUAUAGAAUAUGUAGUGCAUUAGAUUGAAUUAAUACUACAACAAGUCGAUAUCGUCUGAACAAGGGUCUGCUCAGCUGCUUUUGAUCCGAUUAUUGUCGCAAUAAGAAAAAAUGCAGACGGGUCUUCGUUCGUCUUGCAAAGUGCAAAGUUGCAAGAUGAAGGUCGUUUUUCAUAGGCGCCAGAAUUCGGUCGUGUGGCAACGAUCAUCCCCGCCAACACCGUCAUGCCUUGUCGCUGCUGCAAGAGCUUUUACAACGGAUUCCACGCGAAGUACGAGCAGUUGUUCUUUUUAUCCACCUCUCGCCGCACGAGGUAGCUGUUGUACAGGUGCUCCCUCCCGCAACAACUCUACAACAUCCACAACACGGAGUCUCCUUUCGCAAAAUUGGACCAGCACGAGGGCUUUCACCGCAACACCGCUCGGCGGCGCAAGAGGCGAAGCGGAGUCUCCCAGUAGUUCAGCACCAUCACCUGAAGCGGGCGGUCGCCUGCCUUUGGCAAAUACUCCAAAUCCAUCAUCCACGACGAGCAGCGCAACAAACGCUACAUCAGCCUCACCAACAGCCGACAACAAGAACGGUGCUGUAGUGGGUAUGAGUCAAACGAAGGCGCUCAACAUCAGCAAGGAUGGCGGUUCCUUUCCCGCGGCCUCAUCUACGGCUCUCGCCGAAAGCUCUACCGCAGAUCUUCCCGCAGAGCCAGAUCCUAGAACACUUACAUUGUCAGCAACACGAUGGGAUCGCAUGCAAGAGGCGUGGGAGGUGAUGCAAAAGGAGGACCGGGACACUCUCUUUCUGCGCAACAAAGUCCUCCGGCAAGAAGAACUCACAGUCGAGGAGAUGGCGGAAUACAAGUACUUACAACUACAACUGAUAGGAUUAUACAUAGGAUACAUCUUCAACAGGAAACUUGUAGAUCACCUACAUCAGCGGAAUCUACUUCUGCUGGUACUUAAAGCGACUAGAUGUAAGAAGAUGAUUGAAGAAGAAAAUUUAGCUUCGUUGGAAGAGGGAAAUGUUCUUCGUUGUAACCUAGGUUGUUGCUCUUUCUCGCCGAAGUUUCUUAGGACAUCAACAUGCGACUCAUGUGAUUCUGAGCGGUGGUUCUCCUUCUCCAUUGUCUUUCUGUUUGUUCGAUCUUCAGGGAAGUACGCGCAUGGGCUUCUUACGAGUAUAGCCGACUAUUAGGCCACGAAAUACGAUUUGUCAAAAGGGUUUUCUAUGGUCUCAUAAUUGGUCUUUUCAUCUUCUGGCCCCGAGAAGAUAAUGUGGAAGAGGUAGGUGACGAACUCAUUCGUAGGAAUGGGCCGUCGGCAGUCACUUGGGAUGGCAUACAGUACAUGCUCAGGAGAAUGAGGGAAGAUAAGAAAUUUUCCUUCUUCACAUCUUAGAAGACCGCACAUGAUUCUCGUCAAGAGCACGAAUCAACAAGAAAAAUUCUUGGUGUUGAUACAUAAUAUUCAUAUUGAAGAACGAGGAGCUGCUCUGCAUUACUACUAACUUCGAGAUCAGUAUCUCGAUGUAUCUGUCGUCCGGUGGAGGACGAGUUGUUGCGAUACGAUUGCCUCCUGUUUUAGCAUUCGUCGUUAGUUUGACAUCAAGAAAGGGUACAACACAUGAACAAGAGACGGCGAGUAGAACCUCGUUCCAGUGAC